UUUCAAGGGGUAGGAAAUCCUAAGGAAAUGUGUGGGAUCACGCUCUGUGUUUCCAAGUAGCCGGGGCAUUAUUGACAAACUACUUUCAUUGUCUGGCUUUAGUUUGCGGCGCAGUACCUAAUACAAUACACGGCUGUGGCGAUCGACAAGUAAGGUGGUGGUGGGGGGGGGAAAUAGGGGAAGCGACCGCCGUUUGGUCAAAAUGUCGAUUCAGUACGAUGUGGAACAGCUGGCUGACAGCUACGGGGUGGCGGACUCGUUCCCCAAAGACUUCGGCUACGGAGAAGAGGAGGCCGACAUCGAGGACAGCCCGGCGCCGUCCGACAGCAAACCCAGGAUCCUGCUCAUGGGUCUGAGGAGAAGCGGCAAGUCGUCCAUACAGAAGGUGGUUUUCCACAAGAUGUCUCCCAACGAGACCUUGUUCCUGGAGAGCACCAACAAAAUCUACAAGGACGACAUCUCCAGCAGCUCGUUCGUCAACUUCCAGAUCUGGGAUUUUCCAGGCCAGGUGGACUUCUUCGACCCCACCUUCGACUACGAGAUGAUCUUCAGGGGAACCGGGGCUUUGAUAUUCGUCAUUGAUGCUCAGGAUGACUAUGUGGAGGCUCUGGGCAGGCUUCACCUCACAGUGUCCCGGGCCUAUCGGGUCAAUCCAGAGAUUAACUUUGAGGUGUUUAUCCACAAAGUGGACGGCCUCUCAGACGACCACAAGAUCGAGACCCAGAGAGACAUCCACCAGAGGGCCAAUGACGACCUGGCCGACGCAAGCUUAGAGAAGCUACACCUCAGCUUUUACUUGACGAGUAUUUACGACCACUCGAUCUUCGAGGCCUUCAGCAAAGUGGUGCAGAAGCUCAUCCCUCAGCUCCCGACUCUGGAGAACCUCCUGAACAUCUUCAUCUCCAAUUCAGGGAUAGAAAAGGCUUUUCUGUUUGAUGUGGUCAGUAAGAUCUACAUCGCCACGGACAGCUCUCCUGUAGACAUGCAGUCCUACGAGCUGUGCUGCGAUAUGAUCGACGUGGUCAUUGACGUCUCCUGCAUCUACGGCCUGAGGGAGGACGGCAGCGGCAGCGCCUACGACAAGGAGUCAAUGGCCAUCAUCAAGCUCAACAACACCACUGUGCUGUACUUGAAGGAGGUCACCAAGUUCCUGGCCCUCGUCUGCAUCCUGCGGGAAGAAAGUUUUGAGCGCAAAGGAUUGAUAGACUACAAUUUCCACUGUUUCCGGAAGGCCAUCCAUGAAGUGUUUGAGGUGGGCGUUUCCACCCAGCGUCCAGCGGGCUCCCAGGCCAUUGGCUCACCCUGCAGUAAGGCCGUUGCAUUGAACGGCACACCGCGCAACACUGUCUAGACUCUGAUGCAAAACAAAAAAAAAAAUGAAAAAGAUGCAAAAAGAGGGUGGAGGACAGGAGAGACAGAGAAGGGCCAGGGAGCCCGUAGAGGAAAGACUACUAAACUGGGGCUCUCUGGUGUGCCAAUCACAAUCCCUUGAUCCCAGCACCUGAAGCACCGAGAGGCGGCUGGAGACAAGAGAGUGUAGGAGCAGCACUGGAGCACCGAAGGGUCCAGCUUCUUCUCCUUUUGUGAAGAGGCGAGGGGAAGUCGGGCGUCCGUGUCAGGCGAACGCUGCGCACCGCGCUGCCUGUGAGGAAGCAGAGAGAGUAAAACUGCACCUGGACGGGAGAAAGGUGUUCGCCCGCUCACUCUCUCUUUGGAUUUCCUCAAGCGGUCAAAGACUGUGAUAUUUAGCUGCUGGUCUCUUGUGUAUGAACAAUGUGAGGAGGGAGAAACAAAACCCCUGUCGUAACCUCUUGCUAUGGACAAGCUGUGAUGACAGUUUGCAGCAAUCUGUCUCGUAAUGAACACAUUACCCCUCCCCCCCGACCACUUCUGUGCUGAUGAGAAAGAUUAAAAAAAAAUAUGGUGGCUGUGAACUGCUGGUCCUAACCCACACAUGUUCAGAGAUGGCCUUAUGUAGAUGAAGCUUGACUCCAGUGCCAAGCUUUCUCUCUCCACCACUCACCUCACCCUAACCUGGAUGCUCGCUUUGUGGUUUCACGUGUCAAGGGAAAACAAGGUUUUGUGAGCAGUCUGAAAAGGGAUCGUGCUGUCGAUGACUAACUUGUCUAGUGUGUGUGUGUGUGUGUGUGUGUGUGUGUGUGUGUGUGUGUGUGUGUGUGUGUGUGUGUGUGUGUGUGUGUGUGUGUGUGUGUGUGUGUGUGUGUGUGUGUGUGUGUGUGUGUGUGUGUGUGUGUGUGUGUGUGUGUGUGUGUGUGUGUGUGUGUGUGUGUGUGUGUGUGUGCGGUUGAAGAACCUUGGAAAGGAAGACUGUCCUUCUCAAUAACAGCAGCUUUGCGUCGUUACGCUCCUUUCAAUCAGUGAAAGUAACUUUUCUCUUUGUGCUUCAUUGGAAAUCAAAAAAUGUUGGCCUUCUGGCGAGUUUGUCUGGAAAUCUGUAAAUGGUCUCUGCGAAAGCACUGCCCAAAUGUGUAAUUGAUUCAGAGAAGGUCAAAUGAUUUUAAAGAAAUGCAGUCAAUAAACCACAAUUUUUUGCCAUCUGAAAAAAAAAAAAAAGUAUAAAGUCAGACUGACGUGCAGGGCUUAUGGAGGCAUCUUAAAAAUUUUGAUGAUAUUAACUGGUUGUAACUUGCAUGUUUUUUUCCACCUACAGCUUCCGCCCCUGCCCAAAAUGAUGAACCCACGUUUUGUGUUUAGUUUGGCUCUGAUCAGUAGGGUUUACAAAAACAAAAUUCCAAGCAUGCAUCCGUCAGCGUGUUGUCAACUUCUAUUGUUCUCAACCUUAACACUGCUUAUUGUAUGUAAAGGUGAGAAAGUGAUGGUGAAACUAAUUAAACACAGAGGAGGACAAAAAAAGACCAAAUUUAAUUUUGCUCUCGUGGGAUGUUAUCGAGAUAACUUUGCAGAGUAAAUCUGAGCAGUCCAUGUUGCAGAUUGUAAAGUGUCCUGCGUUUUACUCCGUUACGGUGUUUGAAUAACUCCCGAGAUCUUCUCAACCUCGUCAUUAUCGGUCUCCCGGAAAUAAACACUUGCACAUCAGAAGCUUGAUGGAUGAUUGAUUUCCUGUAUUGUUAGCUAUACUGUGUGAAAUAAAUGAAAUUUUAGAUUUUG